UCACGUGACUUGGGUAGAGCAUCCUUUUGGCCCUUUCUGGAUGAUAGCGCGACGGCUCCGUUCUACCCGAAUAAACAUGACCAAAUUGCAGUUUUUAAACGUGUUUUUGACCGAGCGCCUAAUGCUCGCAGCACAGGAGAUCUACAAGUCUGUGGAAGACACCAUUUUGGAGUAUCAGGAGGAGAUCGCGAUCAGAGAGAGAGAGAACGAUCAUCUGAGGCGCAGGCUUCGGGACGCGGGCAUCGAGAUAUGGCCAGACCGUCCUUCUAUGGGUCUAUUGGAUGAUGAAGACGGAGAGCACCCACGUCGUGAGUGGAGUCCAAGCAUGGGUCAUGAGGAGCGCAUCCCGAUUCAGAUCAAGGACAAACGUGACCACCGCCAAAACCAAGGCCCUGAUCCCCACCCGCACCCACACAACCAACAUGGCUCCUCCUGCAGUGCCUCCGAGAACCUCUAUCCUCCUCAGCGCUCUGACUAUCCACAAGAGGCGCCUCACUCUUCCAAUCUGCAGCAGGGAGUCGAGAAUAGAGAGCGAGAUGUGCCUAGUAGAAAUCCAGUCCGCAAAAUUGAGCCGAAUUCUAACCCCAACCCUCAGCCUCUUGCGCCCGUCAACCCAAAUUGCUCCAACAACGAAAACAUUGACAUUAUAGGUGUUGAUAAUGGAGGCGGGAUGGUGAAGGGUAGAGCCACUAGGGGGCAGUCUUCUCAUAUGAGUAACCAAGCCGCGGCUAGCAACAAUGUGGAAUGCCCGCACCAGAAGUCGCCAAUCCCGGGACAUAUGUCAUCAUUCUGUUGUAAAGUUUGCGGGGAGGCGUUUAGUCACAUGGGCCAUCUGCACGUGCAUGUUCAGGUCCACACACGUGAGAAGCCGUACCGAUGCGGCGUUUGUGGUAAGUGUUGUAGCUCGUCUGGUAGGUUACAGGAGCAUCAGCGUAGCCACACGGGAGAAAAGCCGUUUAGAUGUCAGAUUUGCGGAAAAGGUUUUACACAAAUGGCUCAUCUCAAAGUGCACAUGAGAAUUCACACCGGAGAAAAACCUUACAGCUGUCCAGUCUGCGGAAAGUGCUUCAGCCGCUCAGACAAAAUCAAACGCCAUCUCCAAACCCACAACCGCGACGGGCAGUACUUCUCAGGUCAAUAAGGGAGUAAAUACUGUAGAACUCCAUUCACACAUAGAUCCCAGUAAAUCUCCGGGUACAGAAUGGCUACAGUGACCCCCAUUCACACAUGCACCAGUCCCAAAACAUUGGUGCUCUGCUCUUUUCACACAUAACUUGCGUUUUGCUUGGCUUUCUGUCUCAUAGCAAAACUCUGCUGCAUUAUUUAAAUUGAAUGAGGAGGGAAACUAAAGGGAAACCAGGAAACUAAAAUGGUAACUAAAGUGAUCAAGCUGGUAAUUAACAAUAACCAAGCAGUGAUACUGGCUAUUUUAUGGCUUUAUUCAAACACAUAAGCCUUCCCUGCAUAUGCCCAGUAAUUUACCUGGGAAAUUGCCAGAUCAGAAAUACAGGGAAGUCUGUUCUGGCUUUGUUCACACAUGACCCUGCUCUGGCAAAAUGCAGGAAAAUUCCCGUGUCAGACUGCAUGUGUGAAUGGGGGUCUAGUCUUACUUCACUUCCCUAACCCGUGUGUUCUUUCUGUGACAUUUUUUUUUUACAGUAGGAAGCAACCUUUUUAACGAGUUAUGAGAAAUGGCUUGCUAAAAGGUUCCUACAGUGUAAAAUGUCUUUAAAUGCGCAAUCUCUGCCAUUAGGAGAAAUAGGGCUGGGUGACAUGGUACAAUUUGUGUUUUUAGCUUUAGAUUUGACAAGGGAAAUCCCACUUAUAUUGAUCAUGUCUGUGUUGUUGAGUCAAGUAAUUAAAAUGUAUAAAAGCUUGGAUUUAUAAUGUGCUGUACAAACUUGACAAGCUUACCAAAGCGCUACGUUGGCUGUUGUUAAAUUAACUUUCCACACACAAAGUACAAGUUUUCUGUGAUAGGAGAAAGUAUUCAAAGAAACCGUAUUUCUUUCGGGGACUCUGGUUUCCCCUAUGAACCUACAAUAUGUCACUCUUGACAAUAAACCUAGUUUUUAGCAGUUUAACCCCAGCUGUAUUUAACAAUGAUCCAAAUGCAGAGGACACAACAGUCUACCUUCUUCAUACAAUAACUUAAAAUUGUUAGAUGACUGGUGGUCUAUAUUAUCUAAGCUGACUGACAUUUUGCAACAGGUUUCUAUCUAGUAUCAGAAAUAAAAGAUACAGAAAAAAAGGUUAUUUAAUCACUUAAAAAUAUUAUGAAUUUUACAAAUCCAGUGCUUCUACUGUUGUCAAGUUGGUGAUAGUGCAAACCAAGCAGUCAAAAUAGCUGUAAAGCCUUUUCCAAUUAUGUUUAAAGUGAAAUGUUGAAACUGAUCAGAUGUCUCCUAGCCCUAUUGCAGUCUUCGUAGGCCCUUAUAGCCGUUUUAUUUUUUUCUAUUUUAUACGUUUUUAACUUUUUUUUUUUUUUUUUUUAAUCAGUGGCACACUCUGAUACAAUAACUACUUUUCAAUUAGUCUUCCACGUUAUUUUUGUCACUUUACACGAUAAUGACUCCAACAGUGUUUAGCAUCACAGUGUGUAUCUUAUAUCUCUUUGUUUCUCUAUUUUUAAUUUUAGAUUCACAGUUUAGCUACAUUUUAGAUGAUAUUUGCAUGGAUUAAGUGUAAAAUUGAUGGAUGGACAUAGUUGCCAGUUUCUAUGUAGAUAACUUGUCAUUAUUUUGUUACAAGACAUUCUGGCACUGGUCACAAAUGUAUUCUAUUUUUAGAUUUAUUGUAUAACUAUUACAUUACAUUGUCUUACUUCUUACAAUAAAAUGUCUGUAUGUCAAAUAUGUCUUGAGUUUUUAGUGUCAGAAAAGUUAACUCCAAUUCUUGCGAUCCUGAUUCGAUUUAUAAUUUUGAUUCAAUGGCGUUGAGUACGAGGAGUAUCCAUAAGUUUUGUUUAAGAUCUGUGGCUUUGCAGAAUUGGCCAAGUAACAGUUGAUGUGAAAAUGGUUCUAAACAAGGAAGUCAAAAACCUUUCCGAGUUUUGUGCCAAAUUUUGAGAGUUUUGGUUAUUCCAAAUUCUUCCCAACCCUGAUAUUUAAAAAAUUAUCCAUGUUUUGUUAACUGUCAAGCAUUUAAUCUUCGAUUGAAAAACAUUGCUACAAAAGACUAACACAUUUAUGCAAAAUCCGUAACAAAUUGUUCUAGAUACAGUUACCAUUGUAACUUUUUUUUUUUUUUUCUGACAACUUUGGUUCAUUUUCGGGAACAUUUCUCUAACCACAUAACCUUCAUUGGACCAACAGGCUUUUAUGCACAUGGUUUAGAGUUUGACCAUAUACAGUCUAUGAGUCGGGCAUAAUCACAAAUGACUUAAACUGUAUAGUGUCAAAUUUUAUGUCACUAAAAACUACACAUUUCAUAAUAGAACAGUUUAAAAAGUAGAAGUAAUUAAAAGUUUUUAAUUGUUAUAAUGAUGUCCAAUUUGCCAAAAACAUGGACUAGAGGAAAAUUAAGUUAUUAGCUGGGCAAUCUAAAUGUCAAAUAUAUCAUCCAGUCCGUAUCUCAUUAUGUCUUCUCAGGGGCAGUGUGUGAUUCCAGCUCAUGUAAAAAAAAACACUUCAGACUGCAGAGUUGGGGUUAUUGGGGAUAUUAUUGCCUUGUUUUUGUUUUCACUUGCCUUUUUUUUUUUUUACAAUCUAUAAAUCAAAUAUGUGGUGAAGACAACCUCUUUCUCUCACUAUCUGAAAAGUGUUAAUGUGUAAACAUGUGGAAUAAAUGUAUUUUUAAUAAAGUAGGUAUCCAAGA